UGUCAUAUUUUCAUAAACAGUUUCCUUAUAAAAUGAUUUUUAUAUCUACCUAUGUUAUUAACUGUGAUAUUCGCUUAUUAAAUUUAUAAGAAUCAUCUGUAAAAUAUUAUAAUUAUAAUUAUGGAGUAUUUAAAAGAUUACGAUAAUGCAGACACAAUCAGUAUCGAUACAUUAGCGCUUGAGGAAGCCGUACAAAAUGAGCGAGAAAGAGAAAUAUUAGAAUUAAGUUCACUUAGUAAAAAAGUAUGUUUUCUACACACAAGCAUACUAUACUACAGGAAUGCAAAAUCAAAGCUGGGAGCUACUUGCCACGAAGCCUGGAGGACGUUAAUAAAGAAAAUAGGGGGUACUCCAAACACUUGGAGGGAACUUGGUUAUUCAUUGGGUAUAUCGCAAGAUGAUUUAGAUUACAUCAUGAGUACAGUAAGAGAAGACCCCGCUGAUACAGUUCUUAAAGUGUUUAUGCAAAAUGAGAAUGCAACAUUAGACAAAAUUCUUGAUGCCUUAGUUAAAAUGAAACGAUUUGAUAUUCUGAAAUCUAUAGAUGAUCCAUUCAGUAUUUUAUCACAGAGUUUUUGUAAAGAGGACAGUGGCUACCAUAGUGGUAGCAAAACAAGUGGUACAAGAGAGAUAAUAAGUUUUACGAAGAACCUUACAAAUGACUUACCGCCAGCUUUAAAUAAAUCAAUGGUUAUCAAGGAAUCUAAGAGACCUGAUAAGCCAACACUUAGACCACCAAUCAAGACUGUUGAUACAAAAAUAGAAAAAGAUCAUCCUAUCUUAUUUUUAACAUUUACGGAAGAUGGAUGGGCAACAGCAGUUAAUAUAAAACAAUAUGUAGAAAAUUGGACAGAUGUACCUGCAGUAAGUGUGAUUACACUCAAUGAGAGAAGGGAUGAAGUUUAUCAGAAUCCAGAGAAAUUUAUAAGAGAAUAUUUUGAAAAGGCUGACUUAAUAGUACCUAUAAUAACUACGGGAUAUUUAAAUGAAAUAAGAUCCCACACACCAAGAGUACAGAACACAAUUGAUAAUUUGGAUUUUAAAUAUGCCAGCUUUAUAUAUAAAUUGAUAAUCAACCAUUAUAUACAUGCAUCUGGGUGUCUCAAUGAAAAAGUCAGAAGUGUAUUGCCUCAAAAUGCAGAAGUCAAUGUUCUUACAGAUAUAAGAAUGUAUCCGGACCUAACUCCUUGGACAUACGAAGAAAACUUUGAUGAGACUUUCAAAGUUUUUUUAAAUAAAGAAUAUUUAACUUUUUAAACAAUAACUUCACAUUGCAAUAUAGUAAAAUAUAACUAUAGAACUGGGAUUUGACUGCAAUGUCAAUUGUAUUGAUUGAUUGAACUAAGUUCGGAUUUACCAGUCAUCUCUGAUUGCACUCUCGGAGAUAGCAGGAUAGCAAGGUUCGCCAUUGACGGAUUACGUCACGUAGGACAUUAUCAUCAUCAAUAGUAUUGAUAUACAAUUGGACUUGGACAAAAAAGUGUCCAAGAGAC